UUUUCCGAAUAAUUUAAUCUCAGAACAAUUUUAGCCUCUGUUUUUGUGUGUUUCAGUGUGUCGGUUCAGUUUAUUUCUAUUGCUUGGUUUCGUCCAGUUGAUUUCUGGGUUUAGGACCUUGGCCUUAAAUCUUGGGGCUCAUUUAUCCUUUGACGUAUUAAGUUUCUACAUCUUCACUUGAUGAAUAACUUAUAUUAAUCUUCUAAUGUGUGUUGUUACUAACUUGGAAGAAAGGAUGUACAUUCUCUGGUCCAACUUUGUCUUUUGAUUUAGGAACCUCUGUCUAGAUUUUACCAACCAAUUAGACCAAGUCUUACGCUGCACACAGAUAAGAGUUUGCAUCAUUGUAGAAAUGCACUAGGUGGUGAUCAUUUUUCAACAUGAACAACCCACAUCCUGAUGAUGAUCAUGAGGACACAACUGUUGCCGGAUUUGAAGUACCAGUAUCGCCGGUUUCAAGUUACAACAAUGUGUAUUCCGCAACCGAAGACGAGACAAGAGACCCACCAGCUGUACCGCCGCAUCUUCAACACUCUCUGUUAGGCCAUACAGGUAGCACGGAAUUGCCUUGUGCACCACAGAGUGUCGUCCUGAACCAUCUCUAUAUCGAAAAUCGAGACCCCCCAAGAUCCGUUGUAGCACUUGGUUUCUCGCAUCGGUUCAGGUCUAAGUAUGUCACUGUGGUGAUAUACAAGCCGGUCCAAAGAAGAGGAAACGCCAAUGUUUGAUGAUGAUCCCUCUUCUUAAUAUAGUGUUGGGAUCUUGCUUCUGUAUGGAUUCAGUUCGGUAUAUACAAAAAAACAGCUGGUCCGAACUAAAUUUCUUCCUAUCAGUUUAGGGAAUUCGAUUGAAAUCAUCCGUGUAGACGUUUAUAUAAAAUCUACCUGCCUUGUUUGUAAUAACUCGCUUUAGGUUUGGUUGUUUAACCGAAUCCACAUACAUCUCUCUUGAAGAUAUG